AUGGGAGGAGGUUACGGUGGGCGACCAAACAAGUCGCUUUUUGUUAGGAAUAUUGCUGAUGAUAUUGAUAGAGAGGAGCUGGAACGAGAAUUCUCCCGCUACGGGUCUAUCAGGGACGUCUACGUUCCACUCGACUACUACAGCAAGCGACCCCGCGGCUUCGCAUACAUACAAAAAGCCAAGUUCAAGAAUAAAGAAUCGCCAGCUUUAAAAAGAAAAUUCUGCGACAAGCUCGAUGCCAAAGAUGCGUUGGAGGGGAUGGACGGGCGCAAAGUCUGUGGAAGAUAUAUCGACGUUCAGUAUGCCAAGGGCGAUAGAAAAUCGCCUGGAACGAUGAGAUCUGAAGAGCGAGGACACUCAGGAAGCUACCAUCGACGCCGGAGCAGAUCCCGAAGCCGCUCUCGACGAGAUCGUCGACGAAGAAGUCGAUCAGACAGUCGUCGACGAAGACGUACUCGAUCACGCUCUCGAUCGUCCCGGCGACGACGAUCACGAUCAUACAGACGAGAGCGAUCGUCAGAUACGAGACGAAGACAAACUCGAUCCCGAUCUCGAUCGAUUUCGCGAGGAGAAUCACGACGAAGAUCACGCUCGACAUCGCGAAAUCGCGAAAAGUCGGAAAAAGAAGCCUGUCGCGAUCGAAAUCAGAAGAACGUCCAAAGGAAACAAAAUCAGCGCGGAGCAGAUCCAAGUCGCGUUCCAAGUCCAAAUCUCCCGAAACCACUGUUGACAAAAGCCGCUCCGCUUCAAGAGAACGAUCAAAAAGCGCCGAAAAAAUCGUCCGAGAAAAAGCCAGAGACUCUUCUACCUCCCGAUCUCGAAGUCGAUCUGGCUCGCGCUAGAAUAAAAACACAGCUUUUAUUUUGA